AUGCCGCCGGCUGACCAGCACCACCGGACCGCCCUGCCGCCAAGCGGCGGCACCACCCCGGCGAGCGCCGCCGGCCUCCACACCAGGACGUCGGACCACCACCGGCCGAGCAGCACCGCCGCCUCCCCCCACCCCGGGAAGGAGGAGCGCGCGCGGGGAAGGAACGACCCGCCGCCGCCGACCCCACCCAGCCAGAUCCGGGGGCGCCCGCCGGCGGCGGCGGGGGGGAGGAACGAAGGAAGGGUUGAUUUGUUGAAGCAUAACAUACCUGACCCAUCAUUGUUAACAUCAUCUACACCAGACAAGGAAAAUAAGAAUGAUAACCAAUCAGGCAGUGAAGAUUACAUGGCCGAUCUCUGUUUUGUGCAUGCUAGAUUGAGGGAACAUGACUUUUCUCCUUCAAAGCUCAUGCUUCUACGGGAUACUCUUGAAAAACACUUUGAGUCGUCCUCAUUUAAGAUUGGCAGCUCUAGUGCGACACCUGAAGUUACCGAUUCCUCGGUUGCUACAAGCACGAAAGUUGAAGACUUGAGCUCCAGCCAGCAGGACGUAUUCCUUCUUCCAUUAAGAUCACAUGAUAACUCGACAAAGUUUGAGUAUGGGACAUACUCAUCCAUGCUAGGAAAGCUUCGUGAUCAGGUCCUGUCAAGGCCGUUGAGGCCGUUCUCCAAGAACCUCACAGAGCGCGACUGGCUGAGGAGCUCGGCCAAGAUAUGGGACAUGAUGAAGAGAUCUCCCGUCGCCUCGGACUACUGCAAGGCGCUCCAGAGUUCAGGAUUGUUCAGGAAGUAGCCACAUAUGAGUUGUAAUGUUCUCGAUUCAACCGACCUAAGAUGCAAUUUAAAUCGCUGUUACAUGAGAUGACUGGCUCGAUCCGCCGUAUGAUGUAUGGAUCCCAUGUUUGUUUUUUUCUUCCGUUCUUCGAGUUUCGGCAUUGUAAAUCGGAAGGAUUCCGGGAGAAGAAAAUUUCCAACCUUGGUGCUGUCCCUUUUGCUUGCA